GCAUCCAAAUUGAAUUAAACUAUCUGUAGUUCCAUAAUGAUUACGUUUAGUGUCGCGAUCUUGUUGGUUUCGGUUUCGAUUUCCGUGGCAUUUGACUGGUACUCAUUGACGGAGCAAAACUAUGCUGCAAUUCAGUCCGGAUUGGCCCAGCUGAAUCAGGCCGCUAAGGUCAUGAAUUCGUCGAUGGUUGAGAAUCAGCAAAUUUCGCAAAGUGCUAUCAGUGGCUUGGUGGUGCAUGUAAAUAAAUCAUUGAUAGCACUCCAGCGUAUUUAUCCGGAAGCUGCCAAUUUGUCAUCGGAUCAACUGCCAACCACGAUGUGGUACACUGGGUAUGUUGAAUCCGUUGCCGAUCAGUUCCGUCAGGCUUCCACUAACAAUGUAAUGAUGCCAGCCCAGGGCAUCGUGCGGAACAUUUUGGAUGCCAUGAACGACUUGUAUUCCAACCCGUCUCGCUCAUGUGCCGAAAGAUAUGCUGCUAACUUGGUACAACCAAGAAUUUCGGUGGGUCGCUUGAGAGAUUGUCUAACUACGAAUAUUCCUUUCUUCCGUGGAUUGACCGAAACAACUCAACUGCUGAUGCGCUACACUGAGGCAGCUGUGGAUGCAGUUAUUGCUCAGGUGCAGCUCUGUUCGCCAAAUUCAAGGAGGUGCAUCGCUAAGUUUUUCGGUGAUUUACCAAAAUUGUUGGGCAAUAUUGUAAGUAACAUUAACAAUCUUUACGGCAUGCCCAACGCUUUCUCACAACCAGCAAAUGAGAGGAAUCGGGAAUGCGUCUCGUUGAUCACAAUCGAUAUACAGGAGGCGAUCCAGAAUAUUAAAGCCAACGUUUCUGCUUGCUCAGGACAUUAGUCAGUUUCUGAAAUCUUAUUGUUUCCGGAAUGUUAAAUUAUUGUACCUAAAUAAAUUUCUCGAAAGAA